AGGUGUAUCAAGCGCUUUAGUAAACUCGUCUCAUAAAACUGCAAGGUGCGUUCAUUUCACCGGCGCGAGCGCCGCCAGUCUCGCUGCAGCCGUCCUCGUUCGCGCACGCGCAGUACUCCCGAUCAGUGGCCUGUGACAGUGACAUGGUUUUGUGCUUUGAACGGAUUUAGUUACGUUGUUUUUAUUAACACGGUGCGUGUGUAGCAGGCGCGCCGCGUGCGGUGAUGCGCCGCGAGCGCCCGGGACCGACACAUGAAUGCCCGCGCACCAGGUGUGCUUGUGAUGACAUGGUGGUGGGCGCUCGCGCUGUUGGCGCUGGCGCCGCCCGCCCGCCCCGCGCCCCGGGCGGGCAACGGUGAGCAAUUUUACAGUUACCAAAUGUCGCGCAAGGUGUGCACAGCGGGCGGGGCGCGCGGCGCGUGCAUGUGGGUGCAGGAGUGCAACAGAGCGGGCGGCACGCACGCGGGGGUGUGUGUCGAUGGCUUUAUGUUCGGGAGCUGCUGUAUGCUGCCGGACAGGCCUGUUGUCGAUACACAGAGCCCAGUUACGGUCACGGAGAAACCGUAUUCAACGCCAUCUAGCAGCCGAAGCACGACCACGCUUCCCCCCGAGACGACGCACACGAUGGCUCGGCCUAACUGGCAGACCCAGCGCCCGUCGUUCAUGACAAAACCGAUAGAUGGCGCGCCAACUUCCUACAGCUACCGGCCGCCAGAAAUCCACCCUUCAUUAGGAAAUUUAGAUUCAAGUAGCGAACAAAAUAGUGAUAUAGUUAAUAAAAUAAAUUAUAACAGUGUAAAUAAGUACCAAAAUGUAAAUAGGCCGAGCGAAGUGGAAACUAGUCCCCACAACAAGAUUUCGUCUAGUCUUAGUAAUAUACUGAGUGGCGCGCGCCCUAUGGCCGUGUCCGACCAACACAAUGAGAACAGCAUCUCUGCAGCCCAAUUCAUGUCGCGCCCAAGCAACGCGAACACCGUCCACUGGCAGGCGACAACGCAACCCUCGUUCGUGACGAAACCGCGGCCAUCUUGGGAGAAGCCGGCCAAGCCGAAACCGACCAAGAAGUUCACGACCACAGCUAAGCCGCAUAAGAAGAAGGACCAGAAUAAACCAGAGACAACGCAGGCGCCGUCGACUACGGCUGCCACUAACAGUCUUGAAUGCGGCGUCACAGCAAUGUGGCCGCGCCCAGAGAUGAGGAUAAUGGGCGGCAAGGACUCCAACUUCGGGCGGUGGCCGUGGCAGGUCUCGGUGCGGAGGACGUCCUUCUUCAGCUUCUCAUCGACGCACAGAUGUGGUGGAGCCAUCAUCAAUGAGGGCUGGAUUGCUACUGCUGGCCAUUGCGUUGAUGACCUCCUAACGUCCCAAAUCCGAAUACGAGUUGGCGAAUACGACUUCUCCUCAGUAUCCGAGCAAUUCCCCUUUGUGGAGCAAGGCGUGGCCCGGAAAUCCGUCCAUCCAAAAUACAACUUCUUCACCUACGAAUAUGACCUGGCUCUGGUCAAACUGGAGUCAACGUUGGUGUUCGCGCCGCAUAUCUCGCCAAUUUGUUUGCCGGCGACUGAUGAUUUGCUGGUGGGGGAGAAUGCGACGGUGACGGGCUGGGGAAGGUUAUCGGAGGGUGGAGUGCUGCCGUCUAUUUUGCAAGAGGUCCAAGUGCCAAUAGUAUCGAACGACCGCUGCAAGUCCAUGUUCCUGCGAGCUGGCAGACACGAGUUUAUUCCUGACAUCUUCCUCUGCGCCGGUCACGAGCGAGGGGGACACGACUCCUGCCAGGGGGAUUCAGGGGGACCACUACAGGUGAAAGGCAAGGACCAGCGGUACUUCCUAGCCGGCAUAAUAAGUUGGGGCAUCGGGUGCGGCGAGGCGAACCUCCCCGGGGUCUGCACCAGGAUCUCCAAGUUCGUGCCCUGGAUCCUUCAGACCGUGAACUCUUAGGCCCGGUGCGAACGGGACGUCGCUAUACACGUGCUGUGAGAGGGACUCACAAGGUAUCGGUGUGAUAACCGGGUUAGUUUGAGAACCAAUUAAAACUUCGCCAGGUGCGGUGUUUGAAGCGAAGCGGACUUUUAAAAAGAAUUUACCUAAUAGUAGGUAUUGGAAUUGUUGAAAAACCUUAGGUACGUAUGUUGUUUGGACUUCAAUUUGAAAACCCAGGUUCACUGAUUAAAUAGCGAAUUCUGACAGCGGAAUACGAAAGGUUAAGUUUGUUUCUAUAUCCCAGAUGCGUUGUGUUGCCUGAUGUUUCUUGUAUUUCAUAAACAGUACUAAAUAUUUCGUGUAUUUAACUACAGCUGGCUUUAGUAAGUAUCUCGGAUAUGGAAACAGAACUUAGGUGAAUAAUUUUUGAAGAAUAAUGAAACAGGGUAGAAAGAAGUGAGAUAAAACUCUUUAGAAGAGAUUUUGCUGUUAUUUGACGAUACUUUGAAAGAAAUUUUCAAAAUGAGAAUAUUGUAUCCAUUGUAAAAUUAGACAUUAAAAACACGCCUAGAAUUCAUGUUUAACAGGUAUUUUAGGAAAUAAAACAUGGAAGAAAUACAACUUACUCAAAAUGACGAUGAAAUACGCUGAAAGCGUUUCCUGACGCAAAAAUACAAAAGGAAUUGACGAAACGAAAAGCGAAUGUGCAGUGCUAAGUUACCUUCAAAAAUGUUGAUUUGAUUCAACGUUUUGUGAGGCGUUUUAUAGUCUUCUAUAUAUCGAUCUCGACUUUUGAAGAUACACAAGAUUUUAAUAAGUAAAAGGAUCUUCUGCAUUUUCGAAGCUUGAGAUUGGAAAGAGCUGACGGUUAUCGUUUCUGCGAUACUGUUUGAGACUGCUUGCUUAAGUCCAAACUUAAAAAAAGUCUGUAAAGUCACUAGAAAGUCUGGAAACACAUUAAUAGAUUAUAUACAAGUAAACUUAUUAAAAUAAGACUUAUUCUAAUUUAACCUUGAUGUUAGUCAAGUUCAAAAUGAAGAACUUUCGUAUUUUAGGUACCAAAGUUAUUUCGUCCUAGACAGGCGAGCAUUAAUUUAAUGUUUAUUUUAGUACUUACUUUCAAUAUUAUUUCGUUAUUGUUUUGAUUUAGUAUCGUUUGUUAAUAAAUUGAUUUCUUCAAGACAUAUUGGGAAAUUGUCGGUCGGUUCGUUAAUUGUAAUAAAAAUAUUUUACAGACGAUAUUUAACUAAGGACUUAAGACGAGCAUCGUCUUUAGCUCUUAAGAGUAAAUUAAUAAGCUUUGGACUAUAAUUAACGCCCUUAUUACUGCUUGUUUUCGAGGCUUUAGUAUUUAUUCCUGGCCUUCAUUAGGAAGAUUAAUUGAAUUAUCUUAGCUAUAACCAGCUUAAAAGUUACAAAAUUAGAUAUUUUGAUCUUGAUUUAUUCCAGAUUUCUGCUAAAAUAUUAAUUUUCCUAAAGUGGACCACGAGCGUUUUGUUAAGUUUUGUGUAAAUAUGUUUAUUAAUUUAUUUAUAAGCUGAAUAAAUUCUAAUAAUAGAAGCAUUUAUUUUAUCCACAUGUAAAUACGUAAAUUAAGAUUUUGUACUCUUGCCUUCGUUUGCAUUAAGUUUUGUUUUUAAUGCAGUAUUACUUUAUACAUUGUUUUUACUUUUUGUAAAUAUGACUCAAAAAUAGAACACAAACUUUUGUAUGAUUUACUUUUAUACUUGGCAUGUAAUAUUAGUGUACUUUUUAUUGUAUAGGUAGUUUUACGCAACUUAUUUACUUAUGUUGUUGAAUAUGAGUUAAUCGACUUUUUGUUGUAACUUGUUCAAUUUUACUUGCUGGAUUGUCUAAUGCCAGAGGCAGCAAAAAGUUGAUUGUCUUUCUUAUGAGUAAACUUAGGUCAAGUGGGGUAAACAGGAAUACAUUUGUUUUUUCUCAGAUAAAAGACAAGUACAUGCUUGUUUACCUCUCUUGAUCUUAAAUGUGAAAAUAGUUAACCAAAACACAAUUUUACGCUACGCUUGAGGAGUAGGUUACGAAUGCUUAAGACGUGAUGUCCUUUUAAGAUACUAUAUUAAUUUUGUUUAAAUAGUUUAUGAUGUUGUUGACUUCAUAUUGUUCAUUUGCACAGUAAAUUUGUUAAUGAUUAAAUAUUGAAAUAAUACA